AUGAAAUUUGAUUGUGAUGAUAGUGCAUAUGAAUUUUACAAAGACUAUGCUCACCAAAUCGGCUUUAGUGUACAGAAACAUUCUGUAAAGCGAGGAAAUGUGGGGCAAAUUAUAAGGAGAACAUUUAGUUGCUCAAAAGAGGGUGAACGAGUUUUUGACAAACGUCGCGAAAAUGCAUCUUAUCGUCAUCCAAUUUCACGAACAGGUUGUUUAGCACAGAUGACUUGUCAUCUUCAAAAGGAUGGUAUGUUACAUGUUGUUUCUUUUCACGACCAGCAUAAUCAUAAGUUUGCUCAUUCUCCAAUGAAACAUAUGUUAAGAUCGAAGAGAAAAAUUUCACUUGCUCAAAAAGCCAUUGCAAAUGAUGCAGAGAGGUCUGGAAUAUCAAUAAAACAAACCAUUGAAUUAUUGAGCAUGCAAGCUGGGGGUCAUGAAAAUCUUGGGUUUAUGGAUGUUGACUAUAAGAAUCAUGUACAUAAUGAGAGAAGGAUGGCUUUGAGAAAAGGAGAUGGACCUGCAAUGAUGGAGUACUUUCAUAAGAUGCAAUUGAAUGCUGCUAAGAAUCUACAUCAUGUAUUUCAUUCAUUUAAGCAAUUUGCAAAAGAUUUUAGUGAUUGUUUAUAUGAGUAUGAAGAUGAAGAUGAAUGGCUUGUUUCAUGGGAUUGUAUGCUUAAGGAAUAUGGUCUUACUGAUAAUAAAUGGUUGCGUAGCAUAUUUGAUGUGAAAGAAAAAUGGGCUAUUGUAUAUGGUCGACACAUGUUCACUACCAAUAUGAAAAGCACCCAACGUAGUGAGUCAAUAAACAAUGUGUUGAAGAAAUAUUUGAAACCAAAACAUGAUUUUGUGCGCUUUUCAGGACAUUACUCUAGAGUUUUGGUUGAUAAGAGACGUUAA